CUAUUUUACCGACCCAACCCUCUGGUAUCCUGUGUAGGUGUCAUUACUAUCAUUCUGUUUUUUGUGUGUGAAUAAUUAGCACGCGUUGCGUUAAUUUCACUAUUAUCGUACGAUUUUUCUUGUUUUGUAUGGAAUGUCGGGAGAAAAUCGACCUACCGAUUCUUCUAGCUCUACUGACGCGGAUGCUCGUAAGAUUUUGCGAAUUAUGGAGCUUUUACAGAAAGAAAAGGAUCGGAGUUCACGUCGUAGUCGUCGACAUAAACAUGGCCGCCGAGAUAGCAGCCGCUCACGAAGCCGUACUAGGCCUCGUCAUAGAUCCCGCCAGCGAUCUCGUUCUCCUCGCUCACUUUCCGCCAAAGAUAGUGAUCCACCACCACCUGUUGAUUGCGAGUUAAUGGAAGAAGAUUAUGAACAGUUGCCUUUACGAAACGAAGAUUCAUGGGAACGUUCUCCAACUCCAAGUCAAGGUCCUUCCGACCCGGAAGUUCCCGUUGUGGACGAACCCCCCUUGCUACCGGAAAUUUUAUCCUUACUGGGGGAAACGAGUACGGAAUCCAAAUUGGGAGAUCCGGUACAUUCUGAUGUUGCUGUCCGCUGGGAAAAAAUCCUUCGGCAAGGGCUAGAAACAGAAGUGAAAAACAAACUAUUAUCAAAAUACGCUCCGAUUUCCAACUGUUCGGCAGCCUCACCUCCCAAAUUAAAUCCGGAGGUAAAAGGAGCAGUUACAGAAGCGGCGUUAAGACGGGAUGAACGUCUUGUUGAAAAACAGAAACAACUUUCUAUGUUUCGCAUUUAUAAUGUCGUUGUUCUGAUUCGGAUUAUGAUGAUAGAAUGAACUUCAUUCUAGCACGAUUUUUGGUAACUUUUCCAUUCUAACACGAUUUUUGGAGGCUUUUUUUGUUUAGGAAUU